AUGCAAUUGCCGUCCUACCCCACAUUCGAAGAUAAAUACAAAGAGCGCGAGUACCUGAAGAACCGCUUGGCCGCCGCGUUUCGCAUCUUUGGCAAAUUCGGAUAUGAUGAAGGUGUUGCGGGGCACAUCACUCUCCGUGACCCCGUAGAUCCCACGACUUUCUGGGUCAAUCCGUUCGGCAAGGCUUUCUCGCAGAUGAAAGUCUCCGACUUGAUCCUUGUCAACCACGAGGGCAAGGUUAUCGACGGUGGCCCUAACCGGAAUCUGAAUGCGGCGGCGUUCAUGAUCCACUCGGCCAUCCAUGCUGCGCGCCCGGAUGUGAUCUGUGCUGCGCAUAGCCAUGCAAUUCACGGGCGGACAUUCUGUGCCCUUGGACGGCCUCUGGAUAUCAUUUCACAAGAUGCCUGUGCGUUCUAUAAUGACCAUGCGGUAUAUCGUUCCUUCAGGGGCAUUGUCCUGGCCGAAGAAGAGGGGCUCGAGAUCGCAAAGGCACUCGGGAAUAAAAAGGCGAUUCUUCUCCAGAACCAUGGCAUUCUGACCGUUGGAAAGAGCGUUGAAGAGACAAUCUACUGGUUUGUCAGCCUUGAAAGAUGCUGUUACACCCAGCUCCUUGCAGAUGCUGCGGCCGCAGGUCGUGGCGGAGAGACCGUCAAGAUCGAGGAAGCAGACGCUGCCUUCACAUAUAAAACUGUCGGAAGCCCAAAGGCUGGAUGGUUCAGUGCACAGCCCUUAUUUGAUGUGAUUCAUGAGGAAACCAAGGGUGCAUACGCGGAGUGA